AUGUGGUUCACUACAAGGCAAGACGGCCUUGAUGACAACUGUCAUACGAAUAGAGGACCAUGUUUUCAAAUAAGUGGUUUUUUUGGAUCUACGUUAAGAUUAGGUUUUUUUUUAGAAUUUAUAGCAUUGACCUUUUUAUUUAUGGCUUAUUGGUCAAGUGGGGGUAAAGGACUCUUUAGUUAUGAUUUAAAAAAUAUGAAAGAUGAGUAUCGUUUUGAUCAAACUUUUAGAAAUUCUAUAACUCUUUGGACAGGUGUCUAUUUGAUAGGAGCUAUAUUUAUAAUGUCUUUCCAAGUUCUUCUUGCGGAUGAUACCUGUUGGGCAAGAGGAUAUCGUGCAGGAUCUAAAAUUUUGAGAUUAGCUUCAUUUUUUGAUACCAUAAGUGCAACUCUACAGUUUAUAUUUUAUUUGUAUAUAUCUAAAUUUUAUACAAGAAAAUGGUAUGUUCAUUUUAAUGAGGGAGGAAGCGAAUGGGUGUUUUUUAUUUUUGUGCGAUUACUUCAUGCUUUUUCUUGUUUAUUAUAUGGUCUAGCUGCUUAUUUGUUGGAAGUUUAUCACGAUGAAGGAGCAGGCGAUUUGCAUGCAUAUAUAAAUGGUGUAAUGUUUGCAUUUGCUGGAUUAACAGAAAUAUUUGUAAUAUUUUGCAACUCUGGUAGCUACUCCAAUUUCCUGUUAUGGAUAGCCUUAGGAGCAGUUUCCCUAUGGUCCUACUAUUUCGAGCCAGAAGUUAAUCAUGUCUCCCCUGCCUUACAUGAAACCGAAUUAACGAAUGAUGUUGAACAACAAGUAGAAAAGUUUUCUCGAUACACGCCAUACCCACAAGAUCCUAAUCAAAACGCAUAUUAUCCUGCAUAA